AUGCUACAGAAGAUUGCAGGAAAGAAAUGGUUCAUUUCAUCAAUCAAUCAUGUUCAAAUUGGCGUUAACGAUGACACCAUGAAUUAUCAACUGUACAACGCCGUCCAUGAUGAGCAUGAAGAUGUAAAUAAAUUUCUAGACAUGUUGGAUAGACUGAACAUGGGAGAACAAGGAUCACAGAGUUGCUUGUUGAUAAUAAUUUUUUUGCGGAUUGUGACACAUGUAAGGAAAGACACAGAACUUCAUGUUGCUGCAAAAGCUAUUGGAGUGAUGAGAGUCAUCUCAUCCAAAUUUGACGAUGCUAGCAGUAAGGAUAACUUAAUGAUGUUACCCAAUAAGUCUGGGAAUAGAGCUCUGCACGAAGCUAUUCUGAGCAAACAUCGUGAGGGGUUUGAUUUCCUUCUAAGUGAGCAAAGUGAAAGUACUUGGCCACUCUAUUGGGACACCCACCAAGGGCGGAGCUACGCUGGUCUGAGGAGCUCUGCACGAAGCUAUUCGAGCAAAUAUCGUGAGGGGUUUGAUUUCCUUCUAAGUGAGCAAAGUGAGAGUACUUGGCCUUUCUAUUGGGACACCCACCCAGCAGACUCACCAAUAUAUGUGGCAGUCCAAACUGGGGAUGUUGAAAUUCUUCAUCGUCUCUUGCAAAUUCCGUUUCCCACAGACUGGGACAUUUUUAAGCGUCAGGGAAACUCUCCACUUUUUGCCGCCAUAUCACAACGCAAUAUUGCUGCUUUGAAGGAGAUAGUAGACAAUAAAGAAAAGUUGAUGUUCCUCACUGAUGAAAAUGGAGACACACCCCUCCAUUAUGCAGCACGCACUGGUUAUGUGGAAGGUGUUCGUGAACUUUUAAACAAAUCCACCCUUCUCGCCUUUCAACGAAAUUCAGGAAGUGAUCUUCCGAUUCACUUUGCUUGCUAUAAGGGCCACAUUCAGGUGGUUUGAAGAAUUGCUACGUGUACGAGGGCCUUGUACAAGUUUUUUCACUCAAUAAUAAAGGUCGAAACAUUCUUCACAUUGCAUCUAUGAGAGGAAAAAGCAAGAUGGUAAAAUACCUAUUGAAGCACCCAAAGAUCAAUUCCAAAACUGUGAAUGAGAAAGACCUGCUAAAUGGAGACACCCCGCUGCA